AACUUUGCUCUUGCUUUAUGCUACGUAACCACUGUCUGCUUCUGGAUAUUGUGUCCUUUUUUGGUUCCAUUUAAUGCCUUCUGUAUUUGCUAAGGGAUGGGCCCUAGUGCUAGAAAGCUGAAUUUGUGAAUGACCUCCUGUUUUCCGCUGAGUCUUUGAAAUUGGAGAGGCUCAUGAUAAAAACAGCCUUGAAGAAUUUUCAGGUUCAAAGAUUUCUUUCUAUGCACUUACAAAGCUGCUAGCUUUUCUUUUCCUUUUGACCCCACUUUGUGUGAAGUAUGAUUUGUAAAAAUCAUGAUCAAAAUGCUUAUUUAAAAUUUUCGGGGCGGGGGCAGAAUACAGAACAGAUUGGGGGAGAAUGAGGCUGGGAAAUUAAAAGUAAAUCAGUAGAUCAAGUUUGGUUUAUUAAUUAAUUAUUUUCUUGUCUUGCCUAAUAAAUAUGAGAAAAUUCAGAAUUGUAAAUAGGAUUGUUUUGUUAAAGCAAAGACUUAUCCCUUAUAUUGACACAGAAGCAGAAAACGAUGCCGCUACUUUCUGUUCACUUCAUUGCAUGUUGCCAGUGACAAAUUUCAUUUAUAAUAUUCUUAUUAUAUAAUCAUUUUACCUAUGUGGAUGAUAUGCAAUUUCCAUAGUUUAGUUUUGGCAUCUAUUAUCAGAAUAUCUUGGGCUGCUUUUUAGACAGUAACUAUUAUCCCUCCUCCUCUCUCUCUUUAGGUCUGAAGAACAGUUAAUGGAAACAACACAGAUCAGCAUGUCACAAGCCUCACUAGUCAAGGGCAACAUCAGUGCUAAAAUGAAGAGAAACAAACCUCGUGUGAUGUCUAAAAGUGGUCACAGCAAUAUCAGGAUUGACAAGGUAGAUGGUAUUUACCUGCUUUAUCUUCAGGACCUGUGGACCACAGUUAUUGACAUGAAAUGGAGAUACAAACUUACAUUAUUUGCUGCUACUUUCAUCAUGACUUGGUUUCUGUUUGGCGUCAUUUACUAUGCCAUUGCAUUUCUUCAUGGAGAUCUGGAAGAGAGCAGAUACUCUCAAAAACAUGUCCCUUGUGUCAUGAAUGUAGAUUCGCUAACUGGGGCGUUUCUCUUUUCUUUGGAAUCCCAAACAACCAUUGGUUAUGGCUUCCGGGUUAUCACUGAAGAAUGUCCUCAUGCCAUAUUUCUCUUGGUGGCUCAGUUAGUUCUCACUACCUUGAUUGAGAUUUUCAUUACUGGAACUUUCCUGGCCAAAAUUGCUAGACCUAAAAAAAGAGCUGAGACCAUUAAGUUCAGUCAUUGUGCUGUCAUAACCAAACACAAUGGACAGCUGUGCCUUGUAAUCCGUGUAGCAAAUAUGAGAAAGAGCCUCCUGAUUCAGUGCCAGCUAACUGGAAAACUUCUUCAGACCUAUGAAACCAAAGAAGGAGAAAGGAUUCUGCUAAACCAAGCUAGCGUCAAAUUCCAUGUGGAUUCAUCGUCAGAAAGCCCUUUCUUGAUUCUACCUCUGACUUUUUACCACAUUUUGGAUGACAGCAGUCCUUUAAGUGACCUGACACCCCAAAAUCUAAAGGAAAAGGAUUUUGAACUCAUUAUCCUUUUGAAUGCCACAGUGGAAUCCACGAGUGCUGUAUGCCAGAGCCGAACCUCAUAUAUUCCAGAGGAAAUUUUCUGGGGUUUUGAAUUUCUGCCUGUGAUUUCUCUUUCACAGAAUGGAAAAUACGUUGCAGAUUUUAGUCAAUUUGAGCUGAUCAGAAGAAGCAUCGGCUGUACAUUAUAUAGUACGGACCCUGAAAAGCAAAAAUUGGAAGAGCAAUAUAGAAAGGAAGAUCAGAGGGAGAGAGAACGCAGAACCAUGUUGUUACAACAAAGUAAUGUUUGAUUACUCAUCUAUAACAAAUUAUACUGUAUAUAACACUUCUAUCUGAAAGUCAGUUACUCAAACACUAUGAUUUUAUCAGAAUGCAUCAUUAAUUCUU